AUGACAUCUACAUGCACAUGCAAAACUUUUACGUUUAGAAUGUGCAUGUAUCGUCUUCGAAUUUGGUGUGCGUGAAUCAUUUCAUUUCGGUUGUCGCUUCGGGUUGGUCCUAGGAAGUAAAUAUUAAAUGCGAUCAAACAUAAGACAAAAUAGAAAAAAAAAAGUUAACUUUUAAUCUAUUUAAAUUAAAUAGAAUUCUGGAAGGGGAAUAGAAGUAAUAAAGUAAAAUAAAAUAGCUCAGGGUGAUAUACAAGCUCAUAGAAAUUCGUGUAGGUUCUCUCUUUCCUGCUCUCUCUCUCACAUUCGGUGGAAAUGUAAUAUAUAUAUCCCAUUAGUUGCCGCAUAUAGAUAUGUGAAAUCAGAUCUCCGGCAUUGACUCGAUAAAUCUACCUUAACAACAUCCGCACGAAUCUCUCCGAUUUUCUACUUCAACUUCGGUUUUGGUCGCGUGAAAGUUCCUAUUCAUCGCGAGCAAAAAGCGGAGGUAGCAACUAGAAUAAGCGAAUAUUGUUUAUCGUGAGCAGUCUUCUUUCCAACACUCUCCAUAGACAGGUUUGUCAGUCACCGGUUACUUUCAGAGGUAAUUCAGAAACUCUCCUCGAUUAAUGUUGAAAAACUGCAUAUAUCUUCUCUACUUUAUUUUUCUUAUUUAUUGAUCUUUGUUUUCCGAAACCACUUACAUUUUCCGCUGGCAGGUUUGUCCCCGAAAAAUAGACCUUAUAUCUCUCUAGAAUACCUUCACAAAAUCCUUUUCUUAAGUCCUUUUUGCAGAAAUCCUUUUGCACAAGGAAUUUUUUUUUUUUUUCCAGUUGUAAGUGAAAGUUGUGAAGCAAGUAAAAAUGGAUUCUGGGAAAUCAAACGCAAGCAAGGUUGAGGAGCAGGCUGCUCAGGUCCCCGUGGUCCCCACCAUCGCCACCACCACCCCUUUGAUGCCCGUCAUUCCAACACCGGUGCCGAUCUGGACUCCUGAGAUGGCAAACCAGUUCCAUUCUCAUUCCAAUGGGAUACCUGCUGGUUUUGAUCUCUCAGCAUAUCCAGAGAUAAGCAACUGGCCUAACCACCGCUCGGAGCCUUCCCCUUUCGCCCAUCACAAUGCCGCAAAUCGCGUACAAAUAUCUUUUGACAGCUUUCCCAGUUCAAGUAACGGCAUUCCUCAACUUUUGACCCAGCCAGACCUUCCAUUGCCGUAUUCCGCUGUAACAAAUGAAGGCCAAUUUAUUCCGCCGUAUGAUUCUCAGUUCAUCCCGACCUAUACAUCUUUUAAUCAUCAUCAACUUCUCGGUGUGGAGCAACCGCUUCUCAAUACUAUCCAUAACCAGUAUGCAGAGCUUCCGGGUAAGUGUUUUUUUUUAGCGUCGUUGCCAUGUCGCAUUCUAUUAAAAUUUUCAUUUGAGCGUGCACUAGCACUUGGCCGGCGUCCAUUACCGGCAAUGGGGAACUGAUCUUCUGCAGUCUUAUUAAACACUUCAGAUUAUUUUAACCAUUAUGUUUUAUUAAUUUAAUUGUUUUUUUCAUCAAAUGAGUAUUUUAAAAAUUCAAUAUAUAGAUUAAAUACUGUAGAGGGUCAUAUCUUUGCUCCAUUGGAGAGUAUCUACUCCCCGCUAUGUGCAACAGCUGAACAAAGUAAAACCCAUAGUUUUAAAAUUGAAAUGUAACAUUUGAUAUACGACGUUAAGAAUAGUGCCAUAAAAUUAAAUGUUUGAACUAAACAGCUGUAAGAAACGAACUUGGGGUAGCGCCAAAAUUCUCCUCCAUCUUGCAUCGCAUUGUUCAACAAAAGAACAUCAGCAGGGGAUCCAAGUUCGCAAGAAAAAAAACUUGUAUAGGAAAAACUAGAUAAAUUUUACUAGUCAUUGAAUAUUCGCAUCCUAGUUCUAUCUGAGUUCUGUUACUUGCCCAAUACUGCUCUGAAUAACGCUGUAUUUUCAUGCAUGGUUACACUCGUAACCUUCUCUCCAUAGCGUCGCAUGUUGUUAGAUCAUUUCCCUAUUUUUGUAAUUCAUUUAGAACAGCAUAAAAAAACUUAUAUUUUUGUCAUUAAACAACCAUGUAUAUAACCAAUUAUUAUCCAUUAUAAAAAUUAGUUUUCGUUGGAAUAAGAAAAUAAGUACGCUUGCAACUAUAAAGGAAAAACAACUCAGAAAAUAAUCAUAAACCACAGCUUUCAUAAACAAAUGAACAUUGUCUUACAAAGGGAAAAAAAAAAACUAACAAAUUUAAACUACAAAAU